AUGAGAAACAGAUAUAGAUCGUUUGAUCCUUUCAUUCUUCCAACUAAUGUCAGACAUGUUUAUUAUGUGCCAUAUCCGCCAUUCCGCAAUAUUGUCAAGCGUGGUUGGACUGUAGCAAUACAAACCAAGCCUAGAGGUCGCAUUGACUCAAAUGAGGUUGAGGAAGAUGUUCCCUACCAACUUGACCAAAUGUCACAACCACAAGAAAAUAUUGAAGUUGAACGUAUAACCACAUUGUGCAACCCUGAUGGUGAUGGAGAUGAAUUAGAAGCACUUGCACAAGGAUCUGGUGGAUCAAAAGCUUCUAAGCACAAUAUAAAAGCUCAAAUACAGUAUAAUCCUUUGAGGUCUCAAGAAUCACCUUUUAAUCAUCACUACAAAAGCAUUGAAAAAGGAGCAACAUAUGAAGAUAGCAAUAGAAAUUAUGUUGUGAAAGCCGUCACUGUACCAUCUUCUGAGUCAUCUGAAGCUUCCAACUCCAAAAUCAUUGUGGAUUCUGUCAAAGAUUUCAUGGGCGUUUUAUAUCAAUUUAUUUACCCUUACACAGUGUACGCUCGAACAUCAGCAGCAAUUUCUGCAUCUCUUAUUGCAGUAGAAAAACUAUCAGAUAUAUCUCCAUUGUUUUUUAUGGGUUUGUUACAGGCUGUGCUACCUCACUUGUUCAUGGAUCUUUACGUUAAUGGAGUGAAUCAAUUGUUUGACUUUGAAAUAGAUAAGAUAAACAAACCGUAUCUUCCAUUGGCUGCUGGCAAAUUAUCCUUCAGAACUUGUGCCUUUUGUUGCCUUAUCCGCAAUUUUGGGUUUAACUUGAUGAUAGGUUCUCCGCCAUUGAUUUGGAACUUUGUGUUGUGCGUUGCAUUAUGGACUUGCUAUUCAGUCAAUUUGCCUUUCUUACGAUGGAAGCAAUAUCCGAUGAUGGCAUCAUUAGUCACGAUUGUUACUUGGGCAUAUAUAUUUCCAAUUACAUACUUCCUUCACAUGCAGACGUUUGUGUUCAAGAGACCAGUUGUGUUUACAAGAUCAUUGAUUGUUUCUCUCUUGUUCAUGAGUAUCUACACUACUGGUUUAGCAUUAGCCAAGGAUAUACCUGACGUAGAAGGAGAUAUAAAACAUGGCAUUGAUUCCUUCGCAGCACGUUUAGGCCAAAAAAAUGUAUUUUGGAUUUGUGUUUUCCUCUUUGAAAUGGCAUUUGGAGUUGCUUUCUUGGCAGGAGCAUCAUCUUCAUCUCACUUUUGGAUUAAAAUUCUCAAGUGUCUUGGAAAUGCUAUUCUUGGUUCAAUUAUGUGGUACCAGACCAAAUACGUAGAUGUGACAAAUCCAGCUUCCGCUAGAUCCUUCUAUUCCUUUAUCUGGAAGUUGAUGAUGGGCUCAUACGUUCUCCUGGCUUUAAUUAGAUAA